CAUGCCUCCGCUUCGAAGGCCGCUCUUGCGGGGGGCGGGGAACGCAUCCAGCCAUCCACGGUUGACGCGGACAGCCUCGAGGCUUCGGCAGCGGAUCCCACGGCCGCAGCGACCGACACGAGCGCGGAGGAGGAAGAGCAAGCGGUGUUUAUCAAAUGAAAAAGACUUGCUUUCAUCUUCCCCAUUUCUGUGAGAAAGCCGAGGGCAACAAAAUACACCAGGGAAUAUCGAGGAUUCUAUCUGCUACAGGGAGUGUUGUUAAAGUUACUUAAUAGAACGAAGCGAAAACUAAUAAUUUGAUGUCCAGGAGUCGGAGUGGGGAUGGGAAGCAAGCUUUUUCAGCUCGACAGACCUGCAGUAUUUCAUCAUGAAGAGCAAGGAGGCGCGACGUAGAGCAACGAAGUGAGGAGACUCUAAGUCGCGCCCGGUCUCCUGCUGAAGAGGACAGUUUACUACCAAAGCGCUACCAAAGCGCUCCGGCGCCGGCCGGAGCGAAGCAGAGACUAAGGUUUUAUCGGGUUUAAUGGUUUUUUUUUAUCGGGUUUAUUCAGGGUUUACUACUAUGGAGCAUCAUCAAACUUUCAGGUGCACACACUCAUAUACAAACGACUUUUCACAACUGUUUGACUAAAAUUUGAAGAAUUUUUUUUGCAAUUUAAAGUAUGUUGUACGGACUCCACAAUUAGAUAUUUUGCUGUCAAUUUGUUUUCUUUCUUGCGCCAACAUUGUAGCACUCUUGAAACGAAAAAUAAUGCAUUUUGAAUCAGAAGCCUGAGCAUCAUCAAACUAAAGUAAAUAUUGUAUCUCCACCAAACUUUCUUUUCGGGCCUGGGCUGCUUGAGAGCGUGAACGACGUGCACCGGGAGUUUUGAACUUCCUCGCACGUCUUUCGGUUUUUUUUCUGCGUGGGGUUUUGCACCGAUGAGCAGGCAUGGCGUUAUUUCCCGUUUGGCGACAGACUACCCUGUUGCGUGUACUUGCUGCCUUCUGGCUCUUGCAACGGAAGAGUCAGGGAGGUGCAAAAACGAGAGCAGGAGCCUGCGUCCUUACGGAUGACGACACAUGCCUAAAAGGAACUAUCCGAAUAAGACCCCCAAGCAAGACACUCUAUCCAUCGCUUGCUGUGGCUACCCCCAUUGCCACAUUAAGCAGGCGCCGCUGGAAAGAGAAGUGUGAAAAGGAGUGCGAACAAAAGUGUGGAAAGGGAGUUAGUAGUUUGAGGAACACGGGCCUACUUCAUCACCACGGUAGAGCUGCUUAAUUGAGUGUUGCAGCCACCCAACGGACUUUUCUGGUCCCUACCGGUAAGAACUAGUACUAACACAAAAGAGCAAGGAAGCAAGGUACUAUUGUAGGUCGUGGUCCUUCAGUUACUAUUUUGAUUUACGAACUUUUUUAAGGAGCUCUUACGAGGGAGUAUCGGACCACACAAAAUAAACUUCACACGUAGUCCUGACGCAGAUUAGGCCCGCUUUUCUCGGGCUCGGGCAAGAGCGCUGCCCUAAGGUUUGUACGCUUUAAGAAUAAUUCUCGAGCUUUCUUUCAUAAGUGAAUACUCCCCCCAAGGAGCAGGAAUGUAUUGAGCAGCACGAGACACUGGGAGUUUUUUUUUGUUGAGCAGAUGAAUGUUGCAGUACCCCUGCCCUGCGUGCCGGAAAGGUCAAUUGGAGCUGGAGAGCGGUGCCGACGCGUGGCAGCAUUCGAAAGUUGCCGAUCACUGAGAAGACCACCCCUCCAACUUUUUGAAGUUUUCCGGCAUCAACAAAGAAAUACCAAUCGAAUUCCUGGCUUUUUGCAGCUGUUUCAAUACAUG